GUCCAAUACUCAAUCUUUGUUCAAGAUGCCGUGGCGAGAAUGGAUACAAGUUUCUGUAGGCUUUUCGCUGAUGCUCAAUACAUGGGGUUUGGUGAACGCCUUUGGUGUCUUCCAGGAAUACUACUCCGCUUUUAGCCCGCCACUUUCAUCGCCCUCUUCAAUCUCAUGGAUCGGAUCUCUGCAACUGUUCUGCCUCCUAGGUUUCGGUUCCGCGACUGGAAGCUUUGUCGAUAGAGGAUUCGCCAGGCGUAUGGCAUUCGUCGGCUGCAGCUGUAUCACGCUCGCAAUCAUAUUGACCUCAUUGAGUGGCGAAUUCACGGCACAGAAGCGGCCUGUGUUCUACCAAGUGAUCCUCUCGCAAGGUGUCUUGUCUGGAAUUGGAAUGAGCCUAUUGCUCGUCCCCUCAACCGCCAUUGUACCCACGUACUUUUCGAAAAACCGCGCAUUGGCUGUCGGCAUUGCCAAUUCAGGAGCUUCUAUCGGAGGUAUCAUCUAUCCUAUCCUCGUACGCCGGCUUCUUGUCACCAUGGGGUUCAAUUGGGCCAUGAGGGUCACUGCCCUUGUAGUCCUUGUGACGGCCAAUGCCGCUACCUUCCUGUUGCGACAGCGCCGUGAACUGACUCGAAACCCAGCCAAGAGGACUCUUUACGAAUUCAGGUGUCUACUCGAACCUCAAUAUAUCCUGUUUGUGUUGGGUGUGGCACUGUCCUUCGCCGGACUUUUUAUUCCAUAUUUUUACAUCACCACAUGGGUCCGGGAUACCGGGGUAUCUUUGAAUGGAAUGCAACCUUACUACCUCAUAAGUAUUCUCAAUGCAGGGGGCCUGGUGGGUCGCAUAGCCCCCAGUAUCGUGGCUGAUAGACUGAAAUCGGGCCCAGCCCUGGUACAGUCUGUGGCUGCCAUCGGGUGCGGUGCAUUGGCCGGAGGUUGGACCUAUGUGGACUCUUCUUUUCCAGGAUUGAUUGUUUGGGCCCUUGCGUACGGCUUCCUUAGUGGAAGCGUCAUCAGCCUUAUACCCGCUACGGCAGCGAUGCUCACACCAGAUAUGUCGAGGCUUGGUGGAAGAAUUGGCAUCGUGUUUGCCGCCAAUGCCCUGGGAAGCUUGAUUGGAAAUCCUGUUGCCGGUGUUAUCAUGAAGAGUACUGAGGGAGGAUGGAGAGGGUUGAGUCUGUAUUGCGCGACUCUUGAAUUAGCAGGAGGAAGUUUGCUAUUGCCUGUUGCCGACGAUUUAGUGCCUAAAUCUGCAUACAAUUCAUUUUCCGAGCCAGUUAAUGAUCAGAUUUGUGGUGGCCUGACUUGCGUCCAGAUCAGAAAAGAGUGUCAGGAAUUAGGAACCGCCGUCUCCCGCACCCGCACCCCACUCACUCUUAUUUACCCGCUAGUCCUGUAA